AUGGAUGACAAUAAUGCAGGCGGCUUGCCCUUCGGCCAGCCACAACCGGGGAUUGGAGCCUCGGCCCACGGUCAAGAGCAAAUUGAAGCCGGAAGCGUGCAUGCAAUUGCUAAUUCCGAGGCUACACCAAGUGGCGCACAUGGCGGCGCCAUCCUGCCAAACGAGAUCUUGAGCAAUCCGGCAGGCCAGACACCACUAUUCGGAGCUGGGAGUGCCAAUGCCCAGUUUGAACCGUUCACCGAGGAGAUAGCCCAAUCUGUCCCGGCCUUAGAUUUCAAUGGUUUUAUACUCCAUGCCCAGAAACCGGUUCCUGAAGAGCUGCAGCGAGCCCCAAGCGGAGCGUCCAUCGCUGAGCCCGAUGCGGUGUUGGACGAGGAGAAUGGACGAACAUAUCAUAAUUAUCAUGAGGGCAGAUACUACUUGCCGAACGAUGCGGCAGAACAAGAUCGCCUCGACCUGCAGCAUAAACUGUGGCAAGUUCACAUGGAUGAUGCCCUUUUCAAAGCACCCAUACAGCUGCCGCCAAAGAAUGUCCUGGAUGUUGCGACUGGAACCGGCAUCUGGGCUAUACAAAUGGCAAAGAAGUUCCCGGAUUCAAAUGUGAUCGGGACAGACCUCAGCCUGAUCCAGCCCGAAGGGCCUCCCAAUUGCUCAUUCAUCAAAGAAGACGCGGAGCUCGACGAGUGGACUCUUCCGGUUGUGUUUGACUACAUACAUCUGCGAAUGGUUCACACAUGCUUUGACGAUUACCGAGCGCUGUUCACAAAAUGCUAUGAUAACCUAGAACCCGGAGGUUGGAUCGAGUUGCAGGACGCUGUGUUCAAGCUCAUGUGUACAGAUGGGACGGCCCAUGGCUCACAUAUAGAAAGGUUCUCUCAACUCAUUCUUCAGGCUGGUGAAGCCAUUGGUCGAGACCUUGAUAUACCUAGCAAGUACAAGGAAAUGUUAGUUGAGGCCGGUUUUCUGGACGUUGUGGAGGAUGUUGGACCCGUUCCAGGCAACCCGUGGCCAGACGAAGCUAAAUUCAAGUCACUCGGCUACUGGCAGAUGAUAAACUCCCACAGGGCACUCCGUGGAUUUGGCUGGAAGCUCUUUAGAAAAUUGGGCAUGGAGCCGGAUGAUAUUGAAGACCUCGUUGAAAAAGCCAAAACAGACAUCACGGAUUCCCGGCUGCAUUUCUUCUUCCCGAUAUAUGUUGUCUACGGCCGAAAACCAUAUGAUUGGGAGCUGGAGCAACCCCCUCACAAACGCGCGAGGACGUAG